AAAAAUUAGCCAUUAACAACAUUAACCUAUAAAAAAAUUACAAGUUGCAAGUAAAAUACCGUUGCAUGAGGGGAAUUAACAUUACUAGUAAUUAUUUAUGUUAAUAUAAUCACAAAGAAUGUGGAAUGAGCAAAUAUUAUUACUUGGACGUUUCUUUACAACUAGCGAAAACUUCUGAAAAUACAAUAACUGCUACAUAUUUUAAGAAUAAUAUAGUAAAUGCUGUGAAUCAGUUAUUUGGGGAAGUAGCAACUGCAGUUAAUAUUGAUAUUUUAAAAUACAACUCUACAAAUCAAAGAGCUAUUUUACGGGUCCCCAAAACACAUUAUAUUAAAUUAAGGAGUAGUUUAACUCUUUGUGGUACAUACGAAGGUGAACCUUGUGCUUACAGAAUUCAUAAAGCAAGCCCAUUGCUCUUAGCACUCCAAGGAGAUAGUAGAGAUUAUCAGCAUUAGUAAAAAUGUCUCACUGCCGAAGAAUUGGUCCAGACAAAAAAGACGUAGUAAUAUUUGCCACUAAAGAAGACCAUCAAGUUCCUAGUACCGUAAAACUACCCGAGCCAGAUCCACAACCAGGAUUGAUUUUGCCCAAUGGUGAUAUUAAUUGGAAUUGUCCCUGUCUAGGAGGAAUGGCUACAGGCCCAUGUGGUGUAGAAUUUCGAAAUGCUUUUAGUUGUUUCCAUUAUUCAGAAGCUGAACCAAAAGGUAGUGACUGUUACGACUUAUUUAAAACAAUGCAAACUUGCAUGCAGAAUUAUCCAACCUUAUACAAUAAAGACUUAGCUGAUGAUGAUGAGUUAAGUACUAUGGAUAAGGCAGCAACAGACUCAAAAACUGAGCCAGAAAGAAGUAAAUUAGAAGGAGUUUCAAAUAAAUAGUUUGAUAGUUCUCAAUAAAUCAUUUACUAGUAACUAAGUAGUUAUAACCACCAAUUUGUUUUUUCGUUUUUGUAUUAGUUUACAAAAAAGAAAAAAAAUGUAAACAUUAAAUAAAGGUUAUAUGGCUUUA